AUGCCGCCCCGCCCCACUAUCACUAAUGCCUCCGCCCCUUCCGCUAGUCGCAACCCCACCUGUCUCACCUCUCGACCCGCUCCCUCGCCCCUCCACAGGCGCGGGGCGAGGAGUGGGCGGAUCGUGGCGGGGAGCGGAGUUUUGGGGAGAGAAACACCGUGCCGACGCAGCUGGCAUAUAUUGACGAUGUUGCAUACAGAGAGUGGCAAAGAUGAAAACCGUAAGGAGCUUAAUACUCUGAAGAGGGCUAAGCCGUUGAAUAACGAAGGAAUCGACAAGUGCCAUGUCCGUAGAAGCCCAGUGUCGCUUGCCUGUUUGGCCGUGGCCGCUACCUGUGAGCCCGGUCGCCACUCGCCGCUGUCACGUGACCGUAAAACGCCGCCACGGGAGAAGCUGGCGGCAUUAAUCUGCGCUGCGGGCUCACUCAGAGGGCGCAUUACAUCAGCCGCCACGCCCCCGCUCCGCCCCGCCCCCCGCCCCGCUCCUCCCCGCUCCGCCCCGCCACACGCCCUUCGCCAGCCACCUUCGCUCCCCUUUGUGGCGGCGCGCCCAGGGAAUUGCGUAUGCCAUAUUUUUGGAGCCCUGGCGCAGGCUUGGGCGCUGGCGCUCGCUGGUGCUGGAGGGGGAGAGCAGCAGGGAUGGGGGUUGGGGCAGUCGGCUCGUCGCCAGCUUCGUCACCAUGCAAUGGCCACCCCACCCCCCGACACUCCUGACGCUACCACUCACUGCUUUAUAGUUUUUAAAGAGAUGAAACUUAUGGCACAUAAAGAGAAUAUGAAGGAGAAUGAACAAAUUGUGAUAUAG